CAACUAUGUAAGAGGGGCCCUCCUUAUAUUUGCCGCCCUCACCCCCCCCCGCCCCCGCUCCAGUCCAACUCCAUUCCCACGAAUCGUUGAAACCCCUGCGUUGACCGUAGCUGGCUUCGAGAUCGCAGACUUCAUACCUUCACAUACCCCUCCUGCUCCUUCUAACUUACAGUAGUAUAUCCUCAAAAAUGAAGCUCUCGCUCGCUCUCAUUUCCUUGGCGCUGGCCGCCACCUCCUACGCCGCCCCAGUCACAAAGAAAUGCGGCGGCGGUCAGAAGCCCCCCCACCACGGCAAGAAGAACAACAUGACCAUCCUCGCCACCAACGACAUCCACGCCCACUUUGACGAGUUCAACCUUGGAGGUACCGACUGCAGGCCAAAGGACAUUGCUGCCAACAACUGUGUCGGAGGUGCCGCCCGUAUCGCCCACCUGGUGCAAAAGUACAGGGCGGAGAGGGACAACGUCGUCCUGUUGGACGCGGGUGACCAGUUCCAGGGAACCCUCUUCUUCAACGUGUUCGGUGGUCAAAAGUCUGUCGAGAUCAUGAACGAGCUCAAGUACGACGCUAUGGCCAUCGGAAACCACGAGUUCGACAAGGGUGUUGAAUACGCCGCCCAGUUCUUCAAGAACCUGACCUUCCCCGUCGUCAGCUCAAACAUUGACUUUAAGAAGGGCGAUGGUCACAUCUUGAAGGAGGCCGGUGUUAAGCCUUACACCAUCCUCCGUGACUACGGUGUCGGUGUCAUUGGUUACAUCACCAACACCACGGCGUCGAUCGCCACUGGCGCCAGGAACACAUCGUUCUACAACCCCGUCCCUAUUGUUCAACGCUACAUUGACGAGCUGCACCGUAAAGGUUACCGCCGUGUCAUUGCAGUGUCCCACAACGGUUACGCCGACGACAAGUAUCUCGCCGAAAACACCCGCGGUCUGUCCCUCAUUGUUGGCGGUCACUCCCACUCCCUCCUCCUCAACAACGCCUCCCUCCCCGGCGUCGUUGGACCCUACCCCACCUCCGUUACAAACUUGGACGGAAAGCCCACCUACAUCAUCCAGCACCACCGCUACGGCGACUACCUCGGCCACGUCGAUCUCGAAUGGGACGCCAACACCGACGAGCUGCUCAACCUCAGCGGUGAAGCCAUCCGUCUUGACGCUGCUAUCCCCAAGGACAACGCGACUGCGAUCAAGGUCGCCCAAUGGCGUGAGGCCUUCAAGCCCAUGACUGAGCGCAUCGUAGGUCAGGCCGACGGCCCCUUCCCCGUCGAAGGCUGCGGCGUCCGCGAAUGCGCAUUGGGCGACCUCGUCGCGGAUUCCAUGCUCUUCUCCGCCCCCUCGGCCGACAUCGCCUUCACCAACGCCGGCGGUCUGCGCGCCGCCAUCCCUUCCGGCCCCGUCACUUACGCCGACGUCAUCACCGUCCUCCCCUUCGGAAACACCAUCAACAUCUUCUCCUACACCGGCGCACAGGUCCUGGCCCUCCUCGACCGCACCGCUGACCUGACCGGCGCCGAUGGAAAGAAGAUGCUGUCCACCCCUCAAUGGGGCGGUGUCCACUUCACGUACGACGUCAGCAAGCCCGCCGGCUCUCGUAUCACGACCGCUACCCUUCUCAAGGACGGAAGCGCUAUCGACCCCGCCAAGACCUACGUCAUUGCCACUAACGACUUUAUCCUCGGAGGAGGCGACAAUAUCAUUUCCCCUGUUGCUGGCCCCGCCGGUGAAGUCAUGGCCGAUGCUCUUGCUACUUACCUGGGCACCAAGCCGUCGUUCAAGGCUGAGAUUCAAGGACGUUGGGGUCCCGUUGCCAACACCACCGCCACCCACUAAGCGUUUCACAUUUUUGCGGAUCCGAAUGUAGAGCAUGCGAAUUCGAAGAAGGUCACCCCGAUCUCCACACACACACAUACCACAUACACGCAUAUAGACUUUAGCUGUUUGAGAAGUACAUAAUUUGCAAUUCAUCUGUAGACGUACCGGGCGACUCUCGCCCCCCACCCCCCUAAUAGAUCAUCUGCUAGACCAUAUCACGCAUCCUUGCUGUCUCAUGUCACAUUACCCUGCUCUUAUGUAUACGCUCAUUUGCCUUGUGGAAGGGAGAAUGCAAUUUUGCACGUAUCGCGCCGCCUCACUAAUAAGUUACUAUGCCA